AUGCACUGGAAGAGCUUGUAUACUUUGGCAUCUUUGGUGGUUGCCGCACGUGCCACCUCCAUUACCAACUGCCAUGCCCAUGGUUCUGACCACUUUUGUGUUAACACUGACGGUGUGGAGGGUCAGAUUUCUCCAGCUCCAACUGGUACCAAUGCUCCAAAGUCUUACACAUCUUGUCACGCUCAUGGCGCUGAGACCUGGUGUAUGGACGGCAGCAACGAGGUGAUGUUCGCUGCUGAAGGCGCUAGCUCAGCAGACGCUAGCUCUGUGGAUGCUCAGACUACUGCUGUCACUGGCUGCCACGCUCACGGUGACGACCUUUUCUGUCUCGAUGGUGCUGGUAACGAGGGUAUGAUCACCCCAGCUCCUUCUGGAUCUGCUCCAGAAAGCUUGACUGACUGUCACGCUCACGCUACUGAGACUUUCUGUGUUGCUCCAGACGGAGAGGAGUACCAAUUCGUUGCUGAAGCUGGUGGUGAGGGUGAAGGUGACGCUGACCUUCUCGACGACGACGACAUGGACUGUCACUUCCACGCUGGUGUUCCUCACUGUGUGCCUAAGAACGGUGGUGCUGCUCACGAGUCCGACAGCUGUGACCGUAUUGAGUUUGACUACGACAUUCCAUUGAGAAUUGGUCUUAUCUUCGCCAUUCUCGCUGGUGACUUCAUUGGUGUCUACGCCCCAUUGAUUGUCAAGAAAUGGUUCUCUGACCACAUGGACGGUGUUAUUGUCACUUUGUUCAGACAAUUCGGUACCGGUGUCAUUCUUUCCACUGCUCUUGUCCACUUAUUGACUCACGCUCAGUUGAUGUUCGAGAACAACUGUAUUACCUUGCACUACGAGUCUACCGCUACCUCCAUCGCUAUGGCUGGUAUUUUCAUUGCAUUCAUCAUUGAGUUCUUGAUGUCCAAGUGGUUGCAGAGCAGAGUUGACAAGCUUAAGACUGCCAGCGGUUUGCCAGCCUCCUCUGAGGAGGAGGGCAGAUCUUCUGAGGAUGAGAAGGCCAGAACUAACAGCAACGGUGAAAGCGAAGAUGGCCACGCUCAUGAGAGCCACGCUAAUGAGAGCCACCACCACCACCACCUUGACGCUACUGCUAAGCAAGACAAGGUCGCUGUUGCCCUUUUGGAGGCUGGUAUUAUUUUCCACUCUGUGCUUAUUGGUAUCACAUUGGUUAUCACUCCUGACCAGGAUGGUACUUUCAUGACUUUGUUCAUUGUCAUUUUGUUCCACCAGAUCUUCGAGGGUGUUGCAUUGGGUUCCAGAAUUGCUGAAUUGAGAAUGGUUUCUAUCUGGACCAAGCUUGCCAUGGGUGCUGGUUUCGCCGUCACUACUCCAGUCGGUAUGGCCAUUGGUACUGGUGUGUUGAACCAGUUUAACGGUAACGACCCAAGCACCAUUAUCGCAUUGGGAACUUUGGACUCUUUGUCUGCUGGUGUUCUUUUGUGGGUCGGUCUCAUUGAGAUGUUGUGCCACGACUGGCUUCACGGUAACCUCCUCAACGCUGGCUGGCUCAAGGUCGGUGUUGGUAUGUUCGGUUUGGUCGCCGGUAUGGUCUUGAUGAGUUUCCUUGGUAACUGGGCAUAA